AUGGUGCCGGCUUCCAGCAGCGUUCCGCGCGAGGGCGCUCACGUCACAACCUCAUAUCUACUCGCCAACCUCCACUGCCCUUCCUGUGUAUCCUCCAUCAAAGAUGUCUUGCACGACGCAUGUGACCCCGACAUCUCCUGGAUUUCUCCCAACAUCGUAACGUCGGUAGUCACCGUCCAACACAGGCCAACUUCUAGGGCGAGUGUGACCAAAAUGACACGCGCGCUCGAAGACAUCGGCUUCGAGGUCGAGGCCGUGACGACCACCGCCCCCGUCGCCGUCGCCGCCGCCGCCGCUCAACCUGGAUCCCUCAACUCCGCCGUCGGUCAUGGCGCCAAUGUCGGCGAGACUAGCCACCGCCUGCCCGAGCAGGAUGGUAGGGGAACGAGAGACGGCUGGCUGUGGAACCGCAGCCCCAAGCAGCCUCCCAGCCACGUCCAGGCCGCCAAAGACCGUGCCCACCUCAAGAAUUGUGAGCAGUGCCGCCGCGAAGGCGUAGCUUGCGGCCGCGGGGACAACGUCGCACUUAAAAGAGACCGAUAUUGGCAACUCGCGGCCAUCUACGGUAUCCUCGGCCAGGCCAUCCCUCAAAAGGUGCCCUGGAUCUCUCGGGUCGCGGUCAACUUGGUUUCCAACAGCGCCACGGUAGACUUUGUGGAAGAGGGAAGAGCCGCCGACAUUGCGGAGAGUAUAGAGGAUCUGGGCUACGACGCGACCCUUGACCAAGUCAUCAGCCUCGACAAGAAGCAAGAAACGACCCACGAAAGGACGGUCGAUAUCAUGGUGGACGGUCUCUUUUGCUCGCAAUGCCCCGAACGCCUAUCGGCGUCGCUGGAUGGGUUCCAAAGGAAAGUCAAGAUCACCAGCCCCGCAACGUUGCAGUCCCCCAUCGUGACCCUUAGCUACGUCCCCGACGCGCCCAACUUCACCAUUCGCCACAUCAUAUCCGCCAUCGAAGCCGCGGACCCAUCGUUCAAGGCUUCCAUUUACCAUCCCCCGACCUUGGAGGAGCGAUCCAAGGUAAUCCGGAGACGGCACCAGAUGCAGCUCAUCCGCAGGCUCGUAGUCACCUUUAUCGUGGCGAUCCCCACUUUUGUCAUCGGCAUAGUGUACAUGAGCCUCAUCCCCCACGACGACCCGGAGGUACGAGCCAUGUGGAAACCGGGCAGCAGGACACCCAUCAUCAAACGGUUCACCACGUUUGGAAGCAUGAACAUGCUCAUUAGCCUGGGCACGACGGUGGCGUACUUUUCGUCCGUGAUCCAGAUGGUUUACGCCGCGGUGACCAAACCGGACCAUUUCGAGGGCAAGGAUGUGUAUUUUGACACCGUCGUCUUCCUCACCCUCUUCAUCCUCGGCGGCCGCCUCAUCGAGUCGUACAGCAAGUCCAAGACGGGCGAUGCGGUGGACUUGCUGCGGAAACUCAAGCCCAACACGGCAGUGCUGGUGGAAAAGAACAAGGAGAUGGAGCACGACACGACCGUCGACGUCGACAAACUCGAGAUUGGCGACUUUGUCCGCGUGCCCAACGGCGCCUCGCCUGCGGGUGAUGGGGUUGUCGUCAAGGGCGAAUCCAAGUUUGACGAAUCGAGCCUCACGGGCGAGGCGCGGCUAGUCCCGAAAGCCCUCGGCGACCAAGUCUUCGCGGGCACGGUGAAUAAGCAGAGCCCGAUCCUGAUGCGCAUUACCGGAGUGGGUGGCACUUCAAUGCUUGACCAGAUCGUCAACACUGUGCAGGAAGGACAAACGAAGCGCGCGCCGAUGGAGCAAAUUGCCGACACCAUGACGUCGUACUUUGUGCCCGUUAUCACCCUUUUGCCAUCAUCACAUGGGUCACGUGGAUCGCGGUGGGUUACGCUGGCGCGGUGCCGGACGACGUCCCUAGCUGCGCCCACAGCCAUUUUCGUGGGCGGAGGCCUCGCGGCGCAGAACGGCAUUCUUGUCAAGGGCGGAGGCGAGGCGUUUGAAAAGGCGAGCAAGAUUGACUGCGUCGUCUUCGACAAGACGGGCACGCUGACGCGUGGGGGCGAGCCCAAGAUCACCGACGCCGUCAUCUACCCGGACGAGCCCAAGGUGGACGACGACGAAGCGCUCCAGCUCCUCGCAGCGCUCAAGGCGGUGGAGGACAACAGCAGCCACCCGAUCGCCAAGGCCAUUGCGGGCUACUGCGCGUCGCGGAGCACGGAGAAGAUUGUGGUGGAUAACCUCGACGAAGUUCCGGGCAAAGGCAUGAAGGCGACGUACCACACCAACGGCGGUAGCAGCGGCGGAGAUGCGGAAAACCCAUGGAGCAUGCUCGUCGGCAACGAGGGCCUGAUGCGGGACUUUGACGUCGUCAUCUCGGACAAGGUGGCGGCCCUGUUGCGCAAGUGGAGCAACGAGGCCAAGUCAAUCGCGCUGGUGGCCACCAAAGCGCCAAGAGGCAGUUCGGACUCGGCCUCGGACUCGGAUUCGGACCCGGCCUGGAGGCUCGGGGCAGCUCUCUCCAUCUCGGACAAUAUUCGACCAGAGGCGAUACCCAUCAUCCGCAUGCUCAAGGCGAGCGGAAAGCAGGUGUGGAUGAUUUCGGGCGAUAACGCGCUCACAGCGACGGCGGUGGCGCGACUGGUGGGCAUCGACGAAGCCAACGUGAUCGCUGGCGUCCUCCCAUCGGAGAAGGCGGAAAAGGUGGAGUUCCUUCAGCGCACGGUCCGGGGUAGCUCGAAGAAUUCCCGGGCUGGAGGCGACGAGGAGUCGGGAGGGUCGAAGCGCGCGAUGGUGGCGAUGGUGGGAGACGGCAUCAAUGACUCCCCGGCGCUGACGAUUGCGGACGUGGGCAUUGCGAUUGGCAGCGGCAGCGACAUUGCCAUCUCGUCGGCGGACUUUGUGCUGGUCAAGUCGGACCUGCGGGCGGUGGUGGUGCUCCUGGACCUCAGCCGGGCCGUGUUCCGGCGCAUCAUGCUCAACUUUGCGUGGGCGUGCGUGUUCAACAUGUGCGCGGUGCCGGUGGCGGCGGGCGUGCUCUUUCCCAUCCGCACGGGGAGCGGAGAGCGCGUGCGGCUGGAUCCGGUGUGGGCCGCGCUGGCGAUGGCGUUGAGCAGCAUCAGCGUGGUGAUGAGCAGUCUUGCGCUGCGGUGGAGGAUCCCGGGGGUGGGGUUCCGGGCGAGGAAGAUUAAGCUGCCCGCGGAAGAGGCGUGA